UAACCCUACAAUAUUAAAAACAAUUCCAUUCAUCUUCUUCAAAUAAAUUAAUACUACGUUUGUUUCUAUUUCAAUUGUUUAUAGACUCGGGAGAGUGUGUGUCUCCUUUGUGUGUAAGAGAAAAAGUUGUCCCUCUCUUUUUCUUCUUCUUUCUCUUGAGAUCUGAGCGAAAGAUAAUCAGAAGCAAAAGAAAUUCAGGUGAGGUCUUGUGUUGUUUGUAGACAUGUGACUCAACUCAACCUUUUGAUAUAACAGAAAACAUAAGGGCAUCAAUAAACAGGUUUCAAUUGAAUCAUCAUCAGUUUUGGUUUGUGCCGGUGCAAUGAAGGAAACAGACAAGAGUUUGGAUCCGCAGCUGUGGCACGCGUGCGCCGGCGGCAUGGUUCAGAUGCCGCCGGUGAACUCCAAAGUGUUUUAUUUCCCGCAGGGACACGCGGAACAUGCGCAGUCCAACGUCGAUUUCGGAGCGGCGAGGAUUCCGAUUCCGCCGCUCAUUCUGUGCUGCGUGGCAGCUGUGAAGUUCCUCGCCGACCCCGAAACCGACGAGGUCUUCGCCAGGCUGCGGAUGGUUCCUCUAAGAAACUCCGAGCUCGACUACGAAGACAGCGACGGUAACGGCGCGGAGGGGUCGGAGAAGCCCGCGUCGUUCGCGAAGACGUUAACUCAGUCCGACGCGAACAACGGCGGCGGGUUUUCCGUUCCGAGGUACUGCGCGGAGACGAUAUUCCCGCGGCUGGAUUACUCGGCUGAGCCGCCGGUGCAGACGGUGAUCGCGAAGGACGUGCACGGCGAGGUGUGGAAGUUCCGGCACAUUUACCGAGGGACGCCACGUCGGCACUUGCUGACCACCGGGUGGAGCAGUUUCGUGAACCAGAAGAAACUCGUGGCGGGUGAUUCUAUCGUGUUUCUUCGGGCCGAGAAUGGGGAUCUUUGCGUGGGGAUUCGUAGGGCCAAGAGAGGGGGAGUUGGUGGGGCCGAGGGGCCGUGCGGGUGGAGUAGUUCUGGUGGUGGGCUUGGGCUUGGGCCUGGGCCUGGGCCUUACGGGGCCUUUUCGGGUUUUUUGAGGGAGGAGAGUAAGGUGGUGAGGAGUGGGAGGCCGAAGGUGAGUGGUGAGUCUGUGAGAGAAGCUGUUACUUUGGCUGCUAGUAAUCAACCUUUUGAGGUAGUUUACUAUCCUCGGGCUAAUACUCCAGAGUUUUGUAUUAGGACUUCUGCUGUGAGAGGGGCUAUGAGGAUUCAGUGGUCCUCUGGGAUGAGGUUCAAGAUGCCCUUUGAGACUGAGGACUCUUCCAGGAUAAGCUGGUUCAUGGGGACUAUUGCUUCUGUUCAGCUUCUUGAUCCUAUCCGCUGGCCUAAUUCACCCUGGAGGCUUCUUCAGGUUACUUGGGAUGAGCCAGAUUUGCUACAUAAUGUGAAGCGAGUAAGCCCAUGGUUGGUUGAGUUGGUAUCAAACGUGCCAAUCAUCCAUCUGGCACCCUUCUCUCCACCAAGGAAGAAGCUUAGGUUUCCACAACACCCAGAGUUUCCCCUUGACUUUCAAUUUCCGAUACCAUCAUUUUCAGGCAACCCCUUUGGGUCUAGCACUAGCAGCCCCUUGUGUUGUCUAUCUGAUAAUGCUCCUGCAGGCAUACAGGGAGCCAGGCAUGCUCAAAUUGGAAUAUCUUUAUCAGAUCUCCACCUUAACAAUAAGCUGCAGUUGGGGUUGCUUCCGACUAACGUCCACCAGCUUAAUUUGCACACUGGGAUUUGUAAUGGCAACAUCACCAACCAUGGUAAGAGUAAAGAAAGUCUAUCAUGCUUGCUGACCAUGGGAAAUUCUAACAAGAGUUUGGAGAAAUCUGAUCAUGUGAAGAGACACCAAUUUUUGCUUUUCGGUCAACCGAUACUCACCGAGCAACAAAUCUCUAGAUCUUCUAGUGAUGUGUUGUCUCAAAAUUUUACUGUGACGGAUGAUGAGAAUAAGGAGAAGAAGGAGAAGGGAUUUCUUAGUGACUCCCAGUCUUCAGUUUCACCAGGAAAGUCAUCUUCUACCGCCGAGUUCUCUUGGCAAGUUGGUUCGGAUACCAGUCAUUGCAAGGUUUUCAUAGAGUCAGAGGAUGUGGGACGGACCCUUGACUUGUCCUGUCUUGGUUCAUAUGAAGAGUUGUACAUGAGACUGGCUAACAUGUUUGGAAUAGAAAGGUCUGAGAUGUUGAGUCAUGUUCUCUACCGUGACGCAGCUGGUGCUCUUAAGCAAACUGGAGAGGAACCCUUCAGUGAGUUCAUGAAGACAGCAAAAAGAUUGACAAUUCUGACGGAUUCAAACAACAAAGAUAGUAGAAGGGUUUGGAUCACAGGAAUUCGAAAUGCUGAACAUGGAUUGGAUACUGCAUCAAAUAAGACAGGUCCUCUUGGUAUAUUUGCUUAAUAUGGUGUGGCAUGUCAUGGCAUCUGAGAUAUUGUUUUUAGAUAUGAGAUGUUGAAGGACACAGUUAUUACUCUGUUGUUAGAGAUGCUAAUAUGAACUGAAAAUUCAAACAAUAUUGGCGUCCUUGUUUUCGAUGCCCAUGUGUAGAAAAUAAUGAUUUUUCCUGUAUAAUGGACAAUUGCUAUUCUAAUAUUAAUUAUUAAUUAACCCAGAUUUGGUUCCCCA